AUGGCGGUCGGCGAUCCCAGUCCAAAACCACGCCGCCUCUUCAUUACCGACUACGACACAAAAAUACCAUACCUCAUCGACACAGGUGCUGACUUGUGCGUCUAUCCACGAACGCUCGCUCGAGGACCGCACAAGAAAUCAACCUACGAACUUGCAGCAGCAAACGGUUCUACAAUUCACACAUACGGCACAACAACACAGUCUCUCAACCUUGGAUUACGACGAGAAUUCCCAUGGAGAUUCAUCAUAGCCGACGUCUCCAAGCCAAUCAUCGGCGCAGAUUUCCUGUCUCACUUCGGACUUCUAGUCGACAUUCAAGGAGGCCAACUCAUCGACAAAGAAACUAAGCUAACUUCACAAGGUAAAUUUUUUCAGUGCAUCAUUCCCAGCGUGAAAGUUAUCACCGGCGCAUCGAAGUAUCAUCAGCUACUUGCAAGCUUCCCGGAGAUUACGCGACCGGACGGACGCGCUCCCCAGGUCAAGCACCAAACUCGGCAUCACAUCGAGACAACACCAGGCCCGCCCGUCGCUUGCAAAGCUCGACGCCUUGCACCGGAUCGUCUCUCUAUCGCUCAGAAACAAUUUGACGCGAUGGUAAAACUUGGAACAGCGCGCCCGUCAUCUAGCAGCUGGGCGGCACCUCUUCAUCUCGUUCCAAAGGCAAACAAUGAUUGGCGACCUUGCGGCGACUAUCGCGGACUGAACGCGAGAACAAUUCCUGAUCGAUACCCGGUGAGACACAUCAGAGAUUUCGCAGGUCUACUCAGAGGGAAAAAGCGCUUUUCCGUCGUCGACUUGAUGCGCGCUUUCAACCAGCUGCCCGUCUACGAAGACGAUAUCCCGAAAAACGCCAUCAUCAUUCCAUUCUCCAUUCGGAUUAUUUGA